UGACAGCGACACACCCUCCUAUGCUCACGUCACAGGUUGGGCGGAAGCACCGCCCACUUUAGGCUUCCAGUCUUCGGCGCGCCCUGAUGAUGUAAGGGGAAGCUGGACUGGAGCUGGCUGGAUAGGAAGGUAAAUAAAAGAGCGAGAGUUCGCCUUGUUACGGGAUUCAGCCAGCAACCGGUCCAUGUAAGCCAUGAACUCCACUUCAUCGUCUCUGGGACUCCUGUCAGGAUACAAUUCCUCCAGCUCAGAUGAGGAGGACGGAGCGAAGGAUGGCUCAGGGCCCUCUCGAUCCAAAAUGAACUUCUUUGCAGAUGCAGCCUCCAGCAGUGAAGAUGAAGGUGACAGUAAAAGAGAAUUGGAGAAAUCCACAGAACCUCUUCCUUCUCCUCUACUCUCUGCUCGCCUCCCUGCACCACGGCUUGGGACUCAGAGCAAAGUGAUCCCCAGUGGUGUGUUUUCAAAUCCCUUUCGGGAUGAGGAACGGGCACAGCUGAGUAUCUUGGAACGUCAUGUCAAACUAAGCGACGCCAACUGGGCAAAGGGUGGAAAAGGAGUCUGUUUGUCUUUCCAGAGAGACGGACGGUGCCGAUUUGGAAAGAAAUGCAAAUACAGUCAUGGAACUGAUUUGCCACCAGGGGGUACAGUGUUGAGCCAAGGAGAACUUUCUAGCAGCGGAGGUGAUGCUCCAGAGAUGGUCAGAGACAGUUUAAAACUGGGGGAUGUACAAAGUGUAGAGGAAGUGGGGCAAGAGACACAAGCUGAGAGGGGGAAGAGGAAAAAGCCAGGACUUAGUAACACUCUUAUCCCUCCAAAAAAAUCACUGAAGAAUUACCAAAAGCAAGUGUCGGCUGAAAGACCCUGGGCUUUGUAAAUGUUUUUUAACAGCCUCUAAUACUUGGGAUGUGCUCAACCACUGUCAUUGAAUGGGGCUUUCUAAAGAGCAAUCGGAAGCUUUUCCCAAUUCCACCCCAGUGAACUAAUAUCUAUAGGAGAGUGUCAUUUGUAUUUUCUGCUCUUUAGACUGUCAUAUUAAAACAUCAGUUCAACCAAA